CGUAAUCACUUAUCAGAGCAGCAUUUAAUGGAAUUAUCAGCGGUUUUAGGAGUCAUCUGGACUCUCAGUCUUCUAAGUUUUCUAUUCAGCGCUAGUUUGAGUAUUCCACCGUUCGUAAAUCCUCUAGUACUUGUUUGCAUUAUGAUAGCAUUCAUUUUAAAUCCUCUAAAAAUAUUUCGCCACGAAGCGCGGUUCUGGUUACUGAGAAUAACAUGGAGAAUGAUAAUAGCACCAUUUGCGUUUGUAAAUUUCGCGGACUUCUGGCUGGCUGAUCAAUUAAACAGUCUUGUAACACCGUUGCUGGACUUUCAUUUUUUAAUUUGUUUUUAUUUAACCAACGGCGAUUGGUUGCAAGCUCACGACACUACGCAAUGUAUGUCCGGGUCUCUUAUUGUCAGACCUAUUGUAAAUUGUCUCCCUGCGUGGUUUAGAUUCGCCCAGUGUCUCAGGCGUUACAAAGAUUCCAAAGAAGCUUUUCCGCAUUUGGCUAAUGCUGGGAAAUAUUCAACAACUUUUUUAGUUGUUAUUUCAAAUACUCUGAGGUCUUAUUACGCAGAUCAAUAUAAAAGCAAUUGGGAAAAUCCGUGGCUAUGGUUUUGGUUAGCAAGCUGUAUUAUAAAUUCUAUUUAUUCUUACACUUGGGAUAUAAAAAUGGAUUGGGGGUUGUUAGAUAGUAAUGCUGGAGAAAAUAAAUUUUUACGUGAAGAAGUUGUUUAUUCUUCAGCUGUAAGUUUUUUUUUAUAA